ACCAAGGAAAUAAUACUCUAACUCAUAUACGCCGUGGGAGGGAAGGCUUGGGAGCAAUUGGAUAACAUGGAGCUGACACGUGUCUCGGUGGACAGCCCGACGCCGACCCUGGAAUUUGUCCACGCCGGUUCAUGCACGUGGCCGCUUCCCGUCCACGAGACGUCACCGCCUCCGAGUCUUCGACGCGCCGACUCCGGUCCUUCGUUGGGCCCACGCCACGCCACGCACCCCCUCGCGGCUCCUAGACGCGGAAGCACCGCCUCCCACCCGCUGUCUCUUUCGUUCGCCUUUUUCUCCACGGAGGCGCCAGAGGAGGGCGGGGAGAGCUGGGCUUCAGUGGAGUUGAGAGCUACGGUGGACGAGGAGGUCCAGCACCGGUGCGUCGGCCGGCGGGGGCAAGGCGCGGCUCCCAACUCCCGUCGGAGCACGGAGCACCGCCCCUCGCCUGCACUGCCUCCGCGCUGGACCAGUUCUGCUGUUCACUGUCUCUCUGCGUUGUUCCAGGCUUGGCGAAGACUGUGGGUGGCAUACUGGCAUACAUAUACUUACUCUUACUCCUAUGCACCGUGGAGAGGAAGAGCUGAGAGCAAUCGGACGCUCCCGAGCGACGCGCUUCCCCGGAGAGAGGAAGUCCGACGUGGGGUGGGCGCGGCGUAACGCGCGAUUUACCUAGUUCUAAUAUAUUACUCCUCUCUCCCCAAGAGACAGCGGCGCCCAGGCCCUGGCCUCCAUCACCGGCGCACCCCUUCUUGGGCCUUCCUUCCCGACGCUGGCGGCCGAGCCCUCCUCCCCGACGCCGGCAGUCGCGCCCUCCUUCCCCCGACGCCGGCGGACGCACCCCUCCUCCCCGACCUCUCGGCGGAGGCGGAGGGCGGCCGGGUAGAGGCGGGUAGAGGCGCACAGGCCCCCGAUGGCGGGUGGCAGUGGAGGUCCGCGCGGCCGCGGGAGCGCGAGCGGCCGGCACGCGCGGCGGAGGGAGCAGCGGUCGUGCGAGCAGGGAGCGCGCAAGGGGCCAGCGCGCGGCGGUGGGAAUGGCAGCCGUGCGCGAGCAGGGAGGGCGCGAGCGGCCAACGCGCGCGGCGGCGGGAGCGGCGGUCGGGCGAGAGCAGGGAGGGCGCCAGGGGCCGACGCGUGGUGGAUGGCGGCGGCGGGAGCGCAAGUGGCCGGUGCGCGGCGGCGGGAGCGGCGGUCCUGCGCGAGCAAGAAGGGCGCAAGGGGCCAGCGCGCGGCGGCGGGAACGGCAGCCGUGCGCAAGCAAGGAGGGCGCGAGCGGCCGACGCGCGCGGCGGCGGGAGCGGCGGUCGGGCGCGUGGUGGAUGGCGGUGGCGGCUCGAUUCAGACGCUUGUAUAGGGCCCACUUGUCACUGAUAAAUGACGGACCAAAAGUAAAUAUACCGCGAAAACGAUCUGCUCUUUAUAGGUAAGGGUAAAGGAUAGAAGGGGAGGAAGCUGGCAUUUUGCCCCCAGCCCCAUGGAGAGUAUAGAAUUUAUACUUAGGUUCUUGGACCCUUAUAUUUUGGUCCAGAAAUCUGAUGAAUUAUGGAGUAAAAAAAGACCAUUGGCUAUCAGAAAUACCAUCUGACAAGCAUGCGUAAAAGAUGACGAUUGAUUGGUCAACCAAAAGCAAGUUGAAUAAAGAAAGGGAAGGAUGGCAUCAGGAAGGAAAGCCAGCAUAUACAUGCAAGGAUGAUUAAAAUAAUUGAAGUUUUAGGUGGCCAUGAGAUGAUGUUCGGCGUGCUGGAUUAAAUACCUUCUAUUCUGAUGCCUUGGCCGAAACAAGUGCAAGACAGAAGCUUCGUUGAUGAGGAUUAUGCGGAAAGAAAUUAGAGUCCAUGUAUCUUAUUAUUUUCUUUUAUUUAGAUAUUUUUUCAUUAGCAAGUUUGGUGUGCCGUAUAGUAGUAUAUGUUAUGCCUGCCUCCUCAACAGGCCCUAAAACCAGGACCAGCAGCCUACGAUCGAUGUCGCCCAGUCGUGUUGUAUUUCCUUUUGGACUUGUUUUGAAUCUGUACUGUUUUUUUUAAAAAAUUAUUCAGUGAAGUAUAUAUGGUUUGGGUGGUC